AUGGACAAAAAAAAAUUAACACCAAGUGCUAGUGGUUCAUCUUCGUUGCUGUCAUCGUCAGCCACAUCAAUUAAGCCGAAAAGCUCCUUAUUAGUACCAUCGUCGACAAGUGGUAGUGCUACUGUUGCUGCUACUGUCGGCAAGAGUGUAACAACAUUACAAAUCGAUCGUGAAAAUUGUGAUCGAGCUAUGAUCUCGAUUAGUUUUAAUGGCGUUGAUCCAUUAUUUAUGUAUACGCAAUUAUUGAAAGAAACGCUUUUGGAUAUUGAAGACGAUGAUGCAAAAUCAAUUAAAGAACUUGCUGAAUACUGCCGUCUUCAAGAUGAUAUUGAUGAAGGCGAAAUUGGGAUGGUUGAAAAAAAAUAUCGUGACCAUACACCAAUAUGGUGGUAUACAGCACCCUACUUUAUUUAUUCAAUGCUCAAUCGUGGCCUUCGCCUAAUGGACGUCGACAUUAUAAUUAAAAUGGGUUUUUUUAUUCGUCAUUUACAUCAACAUAGAAAUUUUUCAGAAAUCACGCAAGCCUAUUGCAUACAUGUGUAG